AUGUGUGGCCGAUAUGCACUGGGUGUUCGCCUCGCGUUCAUUCGCCACCAGCUACAGCAACAAGGACAACCGGUGGACGACGCACCCGACGAUGAUGAAGUGAGAGAAACCUACAAUUUUGCGCCGGGAUACUUUGGGCCCGUCUACCGGGCGGACACCCCCGACCAAGGCGGCUAUGAUCCCGCUGAGGCUCACGAUGGCCAGCAGCGUGCGCCGGGCCAGCAGGAGUCAGAAACUACGGGCGAGCCACAGGACUCCCGGAAAGAAGGCGGAGAAGAACAUGUUAGGUACAAGCUACAGAGCAUGAAAUGGGGCCUGAUACCGUUUUGGACGAAGCGUUCACCGGACUAUGGAUCGUUGAUGCGAACAAUCAAUUGCCGCGACGAUUCCCUGGCGGAGAAUAAGGGAAUGUGGACAUCGAUGAAGAAACGAAAGAGAUGCGUGGUCAUUUGCCAGGGGUUCUAUGAAUGGCUAAAGAAGGGGAAGGAGAAGAUGCCGCAUUUUAUUCGCCGCAAAGAUGGGAAUCUGAUGUGUUUUGCUGGGCUGUGGGAUUGUGUCAAGUACGAAGGCUCGGACGAGAAGCUCUACACAUAUACGGUCAUCACCACUUCUUCCAACGCCUACUUGAACUUCAUCCAUGACCGUAUGCCUGUUAUCCUAGAACCGGGCAGCGCCGAAAUGGCGGCAUGGCUAGAUCCCCAUCGGACGACUUGGACCAAAGAGCUACAGUCCAUGCUGAAACCUUACGAAGGGGAGCUAGAAGCUUAUCCAGUGAACAAGGAUGUAGGAAAAGUAGGAAAUAACUCUCCGGAUUUUAUUAUCCCAAUAAACAGCAAAGAGAACAAGAAGAAUAUUGCAAACUUCUUCGCAAAUACACAGAAGAAGGCACAGGGUUUGGAAGCGAAACCCAAGCUUGAACCUCCAGCAGAGGAGCACAAGACUGCCAAAACCGCGGGCAUCAAACGCGAGCAUGACGAAGAGACCGAUGUACCACGGUCAAAGGUUGCCAAAACAGACGAUGCCCACCACCCGUCGGUCAAACUAGAGGCUUCGUCGCCAACGAAACCGGCGCCGGCCUCUGCGAGGAAAACGCGGAGUGCUACCAGUAACAAUACGACUGCCGGCAAACCAGGCGAUACGAAGAGGACUGCACAUGGAAACCAGAGAAUCACGAAUUUUUUCAAGAAGUAA